AUGCCAAAAAGCUUAUUUGGCAGCCAGAGCGCUGACCAAGCUGCCGCUGGAUUCGGUGCAGGCAUCAUGGCAACCUUUACCAUGCAGCCGUUCGACAUCAUUAAAGUGAGGUUCCAAGUAGCCAGCACGUCCGAGAACGCGGGAUACGGACGAGCAAUCUGGACUGCUCUCAGAAAUGUUGUGAAGAAGGAAGGCCCUACUGGUUUAUGGAGGGGAAUCGUACCAAACAUCAUCGGCAACUCCAGCGGAUGGGCUACGUAUUUCUACUUCUACACGAUGUUCAAGGGUGCUGCACAAACACGGCAACACAACACAGCUCUUUCACCUUCUCAGUAUCUUCUAUGUGCAUCUACAGCAGGCUCGAUCAGCGCUAUGAUUACUAACCCUUUCUACGUUAUCAAAACGCGGAUGUACACGUCGUCAUACAAUAACAGUAGCGCAUACAGAGGACUGUUGGAUGGAUUCAACAAGGUGGUCUCUUCAGAGGGUGUCUGUGGAUUGUGGAAAGGCACUCUCCUCGCGCUGGGUACAGUCGCAAACAGUGCUCUGCAAUUCACCAUAUAUGAGGAAAUGAAGAAAUCUCGGUUCGCUGCGAGGGAUACGCAGCCUGGCGUAAAUGACAGACUGCCCAACUGGGAAUACACAGCUUUGAGUGGAUCGUCGAAGCUUAUUGCUUUGGCUGCGACCUACCCGUACCAAGUAAUAAGAUCGAGGCUUCAGUAUUCUACAGAGUUUGAGAACAUAAGACAUUGCGUGAAGCAGUCUUACAGGCGUGAAGGGAUCAGAGCGUUCUAUAGGGGAUUGGGUAUCAAUGCUAUCAGAAUCCUGCCAGGAACUUGCGUCACUUUUGUAACAUACGAAAACUUAAUAUGGAUAAUCAAGGAAGCCUCGCGUGAUAAGCAGGAUUGA